GCGCUCGGCUUUUCGAGGCCCGGAGCCCAAAGUGACGCUCAUCGCCCCGGCCGAGGAGGGGAGCAUUCCCUUCAACUUGGCCGUGAACGCCACGACGCCCGGUCGUGCCGCGCUGCUCUUCGAGGCCAGCUCCCGAUUGAACCCAAAAGCCGCUGAGCUGAUUCUUCUGGUGCGCCGCUGGGCCAAG